AUGUGGACGAUUUGCGUACCAGGAUGGAGUGCGGUAAUGGUGGCAGGAACACUCAUCUUAUAUGGGACUCUGGAUGUAGCUUACUUCGCUAGAAUGAUGUAUACUGUAGCUAAAGCGAGGUACUUUAGGAAAAAGACCUGCAUUUUGGAUACCACUGACGUUCAAUCCUGGUGUCUGUUAAACGAUAUAGACACGCUCCUCUAUCACAUGAACAAUGCAAGAUAUCUCCGUGAGUUGGACUUCGCUAGAGCCGAUUUCUAUGAGAGGACAGGCUUGUACGCAAACAUUAAGGCUGCUGGUGGUUCCGUACUACAAGCGGCCACAACUAUCCGCUACAGACGCUACUUGAAACCCUUCACCAAAUUCACCAUCACAUCCAAAGCGAUCUAUUGGGAUGAGAAGACUUUCUUUAUGGAACAUGAGUUCAUCGGUCCCAGUGGCUUUGUCCACGCCGUUGCGUUGUGCAGACAACGCAUCAUAGACACAUCUGUUGCUGCCAUCGCUGAGUUGCUUCUUCAGUUGCAUUGCUCUGGAAGUUGCAAGUCUCCUCCAGAGAAGAUGCCUUCUGAGCUCGAGCUAUGGGUGCAAAGUAACGAAGUUAGCUCCGCCAAACUCCGGCCAACUGUCGCCCUUCCUAUCUUAGAGCCGCUUCACACUGGCUGCGGGGAGACGAUCCCGAACGCUUCAGAGUGA